AUGGCUCCAGUGACGAAUGGUCGUGCUCUCUUUGCUGCCGUGCCCAUAGGCUACCCAGUCGUUGAUCAAACCAUUGUCUACGACAACACGCAAACCAUCGAUCUCGCUAAUGCUCCUCUAAACGGCGGGUUCCUCGUCAAGGUCUUGGUACUUUCUGUUGACCCGUAUAUGCGCGGGAGAAUGCGCGAGCCGGAUAUUCCUUCUUACAUGCCUCCCUUCGCGUUGGGAAAACCUCUAGCCAGCGGCGGCAUCGGGGUUGUUCUGCGAUCUGAACUUGCCGGAGUUGAGGUUGGGAGUCACAUCCGCGGCAUCGUCCCGCACCAAGAAUAUUUUAUCGCACCGAAUCUUGAAGGGCUGGAAUUAAUCGAGCGCGACGCGCGCCUUCCGUGGUCGGUUUAUGUUGGUGCAGCGGGGAUGCCUGGCGAAACCGCGUAUAUGGCAUGGAAGGAAUACUCAAAAGCUAAGAAGGGCGAGAUUGUUUUCGUUACGACUGGCGCAGGGCCUGUUGGCUCGCUGGUGAUCCAGAUAGCGAAGCAGGAUGGCCUGAAGGUCAUCGCGUCUGCUGGUUCAGAUGACAAGGUCGCGUUCAUGGAGGGUAUCGGCGCGGACGUGGCGUUCAACUACAAGACCACUGAUGUCCGCGCGGUGUUGAAGAAGGAAGGGCCGAUUGAUAUUUAUUGGGACAACGUUGGCGGAGACACGCUAGACGCGGCGAUGGAACACGCCAAUAUGUUCGCAAGGUUUAUUGAAUGUGGCCAGAUCAGCGGCUACAACGAUAACCCACAGCCUAUGAAGAAUCCGCUCCUUAUAGUCGCGAAGUGCCUCACAUUCAACGGGUUUCUGGUCGGUUUUCUCCGCCCAAAGCAUAAGGAGGCUUUCCGCGCGGAGGUUGUGCCAAAGAUCGCAGAUGGGUCGUUCCAUUAUACCGAGGACAUCGUUCGGGGCAUUGAUAAAGUUGGGCAUGCGCUCCUGGGCGUACUGAAAGGGACGAACACGGGCAAGGCGGUGGUUGUGGUUGCUGAUGAGUGA